AUGCCAAACGCACGACAAGAAGCCAGCCUUACACAAAUUCGUCGAUUGCUUUCUCGUUGGGAUCAAGGUUCAACUAAAGUUCGUCGUCAAAUUUUACUUGAUUUUAUUGAAUUACAUUCAACAAUUACUGAACCUGAACUCGAAAGUGAAUUUGCACAAUCUGCUAGUCUAUUUUUUACUCGAAUUACUUCAUGGCUACGUAUAAGUUAUCUAUUCGGAACAUGUCUUAAUGAACAAUUACGAGCACUUCGUGUUUUUUUACAAUCGUCAACUGGAAAUAAAUUUCUUGGUGAAUUUCUCGACGUUGGUGGUUUAUUUACACUUCUUGAAAUACUCAAUGUAAAUCAAAUUAAAGAUGAAGAUAAACAGCAAGCAUUACAAUUAUUAAAAUUAAUAGCUGAUAAUGGUCGUAUAUAUAAAGAAUUAAUUUGUCAAUCAUAUGGCAUUCGAGCUAUAGCUGAAUGCAUGGCUAAGACAACAACAAAUGAAAACACACAAAAAUCAGCACAAUUAUUACUUGAUUCAUUAGCACAUGGAAAUCCUACAUACACUCAACAAGUCUAUAAAGGUCUCAUUGCUAUUUUACUAUCAACGUCACCUAAGGCUCAAGAAUUAUCUGCUUCUCUAUUAUGUAAACUUCAACCACAAUUAGAACAAGUUCAUAGAAGUUUACUUGAACCAGUGGUUAAUCUUCUUCAAUCAUUUCAUGCUGAAGUUCAAUAUCAAGCUAUUGAACUUAUACAAAUUCUUAUGUCCAAUAAAUGGAAUGAUGAUAAUAUUGUAUCAGCAUUAGCUGAACAAUUAAUUGCAUGUUUAAAAGAUCCACCAAAUCAAGAUAGAACUGAUGAUGAUGAAACUAAUGAUUUAAUUGAUUCACUUAAAGGUGGUCCAAUGCCAGUUUAUAUUCAACAAGCAGCUGCAUGUAAAUGUAUUCGUUUACUUGUCGAUCAACAUUAUCGUUUUUUACGUUUAAAUGUUGUUCAUUUAUUAUUAUGUGUUAUGGGUAAUGAAGCUUAUCCUGAAAGUCAACGACAAGCAUCGUUAACUCUUCAUACUUUUGUUGAACGAUAUCCAAUUGUUUAUGAAAAAGUUUUAGAUGCUCUUGGUGAACAAUUAUUUGAUGCAUUUCAUCAAAAUCCUGAUGGAUUUUAUGCUCAAAUAACUCCUAUUCAAGCUGAUGUUUGUCGAUCAAAUCUUAUUCAUAUGACGUUUAAUGGUGAUAGUUCAGACUGA